AUGUAUCAUUCAAAUUAAAUGGUGGGGAUGGUGGUGUGCCUCAAUCGCACAAAGAUGAUGGGCACAAAAAUAAAAACCCUUUUGUCGGUGUGGGAAUUUUUAGUGGGUAAGAUUAGUGCGGGAUGUAGCCCAGAAACAGGUGCCUGGCAAAUGUGGUAGGGAAGCAUUAUCCAGCAAUUAGUUGAUUGUUGAGCAUAAUUUAAAUUGUAGGGAUAUAUUUUAAAUAUAUAUAUAAAUAAAUAUAAAUCUCAAUUGUUAAUUAAUUACUUACUUUUUAAUAAUCAUUAAUCAUUAAUUAGUUACUGAUAGUUUUUUUAAUAAUGAGUGGAACUGAUAAUAGGAGUCUCAUUAAGCCCGCAUUAGAUAUCGAUCCAUGGUUAGAACCAUUUUCUCAUCAUUUAAUUAAUCGUCAACUUCAAUUUCAAAAAUGGUAUAAAGAUUUAAAUAAUACUGAAGGAUCAUUAAUUAAAUUUGCUUCAUCUUAUAAUACUUAUGGUUUACAUGCUAAUUGGGAUAAUAAUUCAAUAAUUAUUACUCAAUAUGUUCCUGAUGUAUUAGAAGUUUCAUUAGUGGGAGAUUUUAAUGAUUGGAAUUUUAAUAGUCAUAAAUUAAUUAAAAUUAAUGAUUUUGGUUUAUGGUCAUUAACAAUUCCUUCAAUUAAUAAUGAAUUUGCAAUUAAACAUGAUUCAAGAUAUAAAAUUGCUAUUAAAAUUCCAUCAGGUGAAAUAAUUUAUAGAUUAGAUCCUUGGCUUAGAAGAGCAACUCCAGCUAAAGAAAAUACUUUAUAUGAAGGUAGAUUUUGGAAUCCUCCUAAACAUGAACAAUAUGUUUUUAAAAAUAAUCGAGCAAGAUUUAAUAAUAAAGAAGGUAUUAGAAUUUAUGAAGCUCAUGUAGGAAUUUCAACUCCUGAACCAAAAGUUGGAACUUAUAAGAAUUUUACUGAAAAUGUUUUACCAAUAAUUCAUAAAUUAGGUUAUAAUACUAUUCAAUUAAUGGCUAUUAUGGAACAUGCUUAUUAUGCAUCUUUUGGUUAUCAAGUAACUAAUUUUUUUGCAAUUUCUUCUCGUUAUGGUACACCUGAUGAUUUAAAAGAAUUAAUUGAUACUGCUCAUGGUUUAGGAAUUAAAGUUUUAUUAGAUGUUGUUCAUUCUCAUAGUUCAAAAAAUGUUCAAGAUGGUUUAAAUAUGUUUAAUGGAACUGAUCAUUAUUUAUUUCAUGGUGGAGCUAAAGGUAAUCAUGAUUUAUGGGAUUCAAGAUUAUUUAAUUAUGCCAAUCAUGAAACUUUAAGAUUUUUAUUAUCUAAUUUAAAAUUCUUUAUUGAUGAAUAUAAAUUUGAUGGUUUUAGAUUUGAUGGUGUUACAUCAAUGUUAUAUAAACAUCAUGGUUUAAGUUUUGGAUUUAGUGGAGAUUAUAAUGAAUAUUUUAAUCCUGAUUGGGUUGAAGAUGAAGCAAUAACUUAUCUUAUGCUUGCUCAUAAAUUAUUAGAAGAAAUAAAUGAAAUUGAUAAUAAUGAUGAUAAAUUUAUUUCAAUUGCUGAAGAUGUUAGUGGAAUGCCAACACUUUGUUUAAAAAUUUCUGAAGGUGGUAUAGGAUUUGAUUAUAGACUUUCAAUGGCAAUUCCUGAUAUGUGGAUUAAAAUUCUUAAACAUUUAUCAGAUGAACAAUGGGAUCUUGCAAAUAUUGUUCAUACUUUAACCAAUAGAAGAUAUAAAGAAAAAUGUAUUGCAUAUUGUGAAUCUCAUGAUCAAGCAUUAGUUGGAGAUAAAACAAUUGCCUUUUGGUUAAUGGAUAAAGAAAUGUAUACAAAUAUGUCAGUAUUAACUGAAAAUACUCCUGUAAUUGAUAGAGGUAUUGCCUUACAUAAAUUAAUUAGAUUACUUACUUUUGCCCUUGGAGGUGAAGGAUAUUUAAAUUUUGAAGGUAAUGAAUUUGGUCAUCCUGAAUGGUUAGAUUUUCCAAGAAUUGGUAAUAAUGAAUCUUAUCAUUAUGCUAGAAGACAAUUUAAUCUUAUUGGAGAUGAUUUAUUAAGAUAUAAAUUUUUAUUUGAAUUUGAUAGAGCAAUGUUAUCAUUAGAUUCAAAAUAUGGAGUAUUAGAUACUCCACAAGCUUAUGUUUCAUUAAAACAUGAAAGUGAUAAAGUUCUUAUUUUUGAAAGAAAUGGUUUAUUAUUUGCGUUUAAUUUUCAUCAUUCGAAUUCAUAUCCUGAUUAUAAAGUUGGAAUUGAAACUUCAGGUACUUAUGUAUUAGUUUUAUCAUCUGAUGAUAAAGAAUUUGGUGGACAUCAAAGAGUUGAAGAAACUAAUGAUAAAGGUAUACCAUAUGAAUAUUUUACCAACAAUGAACGUUGGAAUGAUAGAUCUAAUUCUAUCCAAAUUUAUCUCCCAUCUAGAACAGCUGUAGUAUUACAACUUAAAGACAAAGUCUUCUAGUUCAAAUUUUUAAAAAAAAUAUUUAACUGAUUAAUUUAAUAUUAAUAAUACACAUAAAACUAUAAA